AUGUUGGGGGUGUUCAGCGGCGAGGUGGUGGAGGUGCCGGCGGAGCUGGUGGCGGCCGGGAGCCGGACGCCGUCGCCCAAGACGCGGGCGUCGGAGCUGGUGAAGCGCUUCCUCGCCGGCGCCGAGCCCGCCGUGUCCGUGGAGCUGGGAUCGCUGGGCAACCUCGCCUACUCCCACGCCAACCAGUCCCUCCUCCUCCCAAGGUCUUUCGCUGCAAAGGAUGAGAUCUUCUGCCUGUUCGAGGGAGUCCUGGACAACUUGGGGCGGCUGAGCCAGCAGUACGGCCUCUCCAAGGGCGGCAACGAGGUGCUCCUCGUGAUCGAGGCCUACAAGACGCUGAGGGACAGGGCCCCCUACCCCGCCAGCUUCAUGCUCUCCCAGCUCACCGGCAGCUACGCCUUCGUGCUCUUCGACAAGUCCACCUCCUCCCUCCUCGUCGCAUCCGACCCGGAGGGCAAGGUGCCGCUCUUCUGGGGAAUCACGGCCGACGGCUGCGUCGCCUUCUCCGACGACAUCGACCUGCUGAAAGGAUCUUGCGGCAAGUCACUGGCGCCUUUCCCGCAAGGUUGCUUCUACUGGAACGCUCUUGGAGGCCUCAAGUCGUACGAGAAUCCCAAGAACAAGGUCACCGCUGUGCCUGCAGAUGAGGAGGAAAUAUGUGGUGCAACCUUCAUGGUGGAAGGAUCUACCGUUGUCGCGGCACUUCAGUAG